AUCGUCCUUCCCCACCGCGGCCGCCACCCUGGAGCCGUGCCCGGGCGCUCAGACGUCGCUUUUGGAGGAUGCCGGAAACGCUCGUUGGCAUCGCUUUAAUGACGAUUUUGUUCCGGAAUUAGCUGCCGAGGAGGCGGGACGAGAAGAGGAGCGGCACGUCACGUGAUGGCGGAGCGCACGGAGAACGCGGCGGGACCCGGCAGCGGCGGAGGGAGGGGGGGAAGGACGCGGAACAGCGGCGGACACCACGUGACCUCCUAGAUCGCCCGAGCGUGGGGGGGGCCGCGGGUCACGUGGCACGGAGCGCGCGCCAGAGGCGGGUUGGGCGUCACGUGGGUGCGGCGCGCGGCGCUGUCACGUGGUGCGUGGCGGCGGGCGGCCCCAGCCCCCUCCCUUCCCCCUCCCUGUGAGAGGGGAGGGAGGGCCAAGAUGGCGGCCGGGAGUUAGAAAGCGGCGAGCGGCGGGGCCGGCGGCGGAGACUUCGGGGACCGGCUGCGGGAGGAGCAGGCACCAGAGAGAGUGAAGAUGGUGGAGCCAGGACAAGAUCUGUUGCUUGCUGCUUUGAGUGAGAGCGGAAUCAGUCCAAAUGAUCUAUUUGAUAUUGACUCUCCGGAUGUGGUUCUUGCAACUCCGACUCCAGCUGUUCAGCAGUCAGUGCCACUUAGUGCAUUAGAUCUAGGGUUGGAAACUGAGGCCCCAGCUGCUGUGAAACAAGAACCAGAGACUGUAUCAACUCCAGCCUUAUUAAAUGUUCGGCAACCACCAUCCACCACAACCUUUGUGCUGAAUCAAAUAAAUCAGCUUCCAACGUUGGGGACUACAAUAGUGAUGACAAAAACAACACCAGUUACAACUACGAGGCAAACUAUCACUGUAGCAAAAAUCAUUCAGACCAGCACAACUACUCGACCCUCAGUUGCAGCACCAGCAGUACGGAAUGCCUUGACCACCGCACCUUCAAAGGACCAGAUUCAGCUGAAAGAUCUGCUUAAGAAUAAUAGUCUUAAUGAACUAAUGAAGUUGAAGCCGCCUCCUAAUAUUGCCCAACCGGUAGCAACGGCAGCAAAAAUAAUUGUAGUUCCUCCUAAGGUGGUAAAUGCCACCAGACCAGCUGAUCUAAGCAAUGGUGCCGUGAAGAAGGAGGCGUCUACAAAAGAGGUAGCGAGAAUAUGGAUAAAUGAUGUUAAAAUGAGAAGUUUUUCACCUACUAUGAAAGUUCCAGCUGUUAAAGAGGAAGAGGAACCUGAGGAAGAAGAUGAGGAAGAAAUGGGCCACGCAGAAACUUAUGCAGAGUAUAUGCCAAUAAAAUUAAAAAUUGGUCUGCGUCAUCCUGACCCAGUCGUGGAAACCAGUUCGUUGUCCAGUGUGACACCUCCUGAUGUGUGGUACCAGACAUCGAUAUCAGAAGAAACCAUUGAUAAUGGCUGGUUGUCAGCUUUGCAGCUUGAAGCAAUCACUUAUGCAGCCCAGCAACAUGAAACAUUCCUUCCCAAUGGAGACAGAGCUGGAUUCUUGAUAGGUGAUGGUGCUGGUGUAGGAAAAGGAAGGACCAUAGCUGGGAUAAUCUAUGAAAAUUACUUGUUAGGCAGAAAAAGAGCCGUCUGGUUUAGCGUGUCAAAUGAUCUGAAAUACGACGCUGAAAGAGAUUUGAGAGAUAUUGGAGCAAAAAACAUUCUGGUUCAUUCACUAAACAAGUUCAAGUACGGGAAGAUUUCUUCUAAGCAUAACGGAAGCGUGAAGAAGGGGGUCAUUUUUGCCACAUACUCUUCUCUUAUUGGUGAAAGUCAGUCUGGUGGUAAAUACAAGACCAGAUUAAAGCAGCUGCUUCACUGGUGUGGUGAAGAUUUUGAUGGAGUUAUAGUAUUUGAUGAGUGUCAUAAAGCCAAGAAUCUCUGUCCUGUUGGUUCAUCAAAACCAACUAAAACAGGUCUGGCUGUAUUGGAACUUCAAAAUAAACUUCCAAAAGCUCGGGUUGUUUAUGCCAGUGCCACAGGUGCGUCUGAGCCAAGAAAUAUGGCGUAUAUGAACCGUCUUGGAAUAUGGGGUGAAGGGACUCCAUUUAGGGAAUUCAGUGAUUUCAUUCAGGCUGUUGAAAGAAGAGGUGUUGGUGCCAUGGAGAUAGUUGCUAUGGAUAUGAAACUGAGAGGGAUGUACAUAGCAAGACAGUUGAGCUUUUCAGGUGUAACCUUCAAAAUUGAUGAAGUUCUGCUCUCCCAGGAAUAUGUUAAAAUGUACAAUAAAUCUGUGAAACUGUGGGUCAGUGCUAGAGAGAGGUUCCAACAAGCAGCAGAUCUUAUCGAUGCAGAACAACGAAUGAAGAAAUCCAUGUGGGGUCAGUUCUGGUCUGCUCAUCAGAGGUUUUUCAAGUACCUUUGCAUAGCAUCUAAAGUGAAGAGGGUGGUGCAGCUUGCUCGGGAAGAAAUCAAGAAUGGGAAAUGUGUUGUUAUUGGCCUGCAGUCAACAGGAGAAGCGAGGACAUUAGAAGCUUUGGAGGAAGGUGGUGGUGAACUGAAUGACUUUGUUUCUACAGCAAAAGGAGUAUUCCAGUCUCUUAUUGAAAAGCACUUUCCAGCUCCUGACAGGAAGAAGCUGUUUAGCUUGUUGGGAAUUGACUUGACUGCUCAAAGCAACAACAAUUCACCCAGAGACAGCCCUUGUAAGGAGAACAAAAUAAAGAAACGGAAAGGUGAAGAAGUAAGCAGAGAAGCCAAAAAGGCUCGUAAGACAGGCGGCCUUGCAGGUAGCAGCUCUGAUGAGAGUGAAAGCGAGUCUGAUGUUUCAGACAAUGAAGAAAGUGACAAUGAGAGCUCCAGGUUUCUCAGUUCUGGAGAUGACGAUGACUUCAACCCGUUCAGAGAUGAAUCCAGUGAGGAUGAUGAGGAUGAUCCGUGGUUAAUUAGAAAAGAGCAUAAAAAAGUAAAAGAGAAGAAAAAGAAGAAAAGUAUAGAUCCUGAUUCUAUUCAAAGUGCCUUAUUAGCUUCUGGUCUUGGCUCAAAACGACCUAGCUGUUUUACUUCCACUGUUGGCACCACCACUUCUAGUACCAACACAUCAGCAAACAGUAACACAAACAGCAGCUUUGUAACAAGUCAAGAUGCUGUUGAAAGGGCCCAACAAAUGAAGAAAGAACUGCUUGAUAAACUGGAAAAGCUGGCUGAAGACCUUCCACCAAAUACACUGGAUGAGCUUAUAGAUGAGCUGGGUGGUCCUGAAAAUGUUGCAGAGAUGACAGGCCGCAAAGGGAGAGUAGUGAGCAACGAUGAUGGCAGCAUAUCUUACGAGUCAAGAUCUGAACUUGAUGUGCCUGUUGAAAUUCUGAACAUCACAGAAAAGCAGAGGUUCAUGGAUGGAGAUAAGAACAUUGCCAUAAUCUCAGAGGCUGCCAGCUCUGGUAUCUCAUUGCAAGCAGACCGUAGAGCUAAGAACCAGAGGCGGAGAGUUCACAUGACUCUGGAGUUGCCAUGGAGUGCAGACAGAGCAAUACAGCAGUUUGGAAGAACUCAUAGAUCCAACCAAGUGACUGCUCCGGAGUACGUGUUCCUAAUUUCGGAGUUGGCUGGAGAGCAGAGAUUUGCAUCUAUAGUUGCAAAAAGACUGGAAAGCCUGGGAGCCCUUACCCAUGGUGACAGACGGGCUACAGAAACUCGAGACCUCAGCAGAUUCAAUUUUGACAAUAAGUAUGGCAGGAAUGCUUUAGAGAUUGUUAUGAAAUCCAUUGUGAAUUUAGACAGCCCGAUGGUCUCACCACCUCCUGAUUUUCCUGGAGACUUCUUCAAAGAUGUUCGUCAAGGAUUGAUUGGUGUGGGGCUGAUAAACGUGGAAGACAGAUCUGGAAUUCUAACGCUCGAUAAAGAUUAUAACAACAUAGGAAAAUUUCUGAAUAGAAUUCUGGGUAUGGAAGUACAUCAGCAGAAUGCUUUAUUCCAGUACUUCUCUGACACGUUAAAUGCAGUUAUUCAGAAUGCGAAGAAGAAUGGAAGAUACGAUAUGGGCAUCUUAGAUUUGGGCUCUGGAGAUGAGAAAGUAAGGAAAGCAGAUGUGAAGAAGUUUUUAACUCCUGGAUAUUCUACCUCUGGACAUGUAGAACUAUACACAAUCAGUGUGGAGAGAGGAAUGUCUUGGGAUGAAGCAACUAAAAUCUGGGCAGAGCAGACAGGUCCAGAUGAUGGGUUCUAUUUAUCGCUGCAGAUAAGAAAUAACAAGAAAACAGCUAUUCUAGUGAAAGAAGUGAAUCCAAAAAAGAAGCUUUUUUUGGUAUACAGACCAAAUACUGGGAAACAACUCAAACUAGAAACCUGUGCAGACCUGAAAAAGAAAUACAAGAAGGUACCUUCUGAAGACGCUCUGCCACACUGGUUAGAGCAGUACAACUCAUCCGCAGACACCUGCACACAUGCUUACUGGAGAGGCAAUUGUAAGAAGGCAGGCUUGGGAUUAGUUUGUGAAGUGGGACUCCGCUGUCGAACUUACUAUGUCUUGUGUGGUUCAGUAUUGAGCGUCUGGACAAAAGUAGAAGGCGUUCUAGCCUCUGUGAGUGGUACCAAUGUGAAAAUGCAGAUAGUUCGUCUAAGAACUGAAGACGGGCAGAGGAUCGUAGGCUUGAUCAUUCCUGCAAAUUGCGUGUCGCCCCUCGUCAACCUCCUGUCAACAUCAGACCAGUCUCAACAGCUUGCAGUCCAACAGCAGCAGAUAUGGCAGCAGCAUCACCCGCAAAGCAUCACCAACUUCAACAACGCAUAAGAGGACAAAGUACAGGUGUUGACUUUGGUGUUUGAAGAAAAGGCUGUAAAAGCAUAUCACAAAAUCAGGGACAGAUUCCAAAGAAAUAUAACUUUUUCAGUUCAGUUGUGUGCUCUCAAAUACUUUGGGAAUAAAGAGAUCUAGAAAGGUUGGUAGAACUGAAAGCCAGCAGUUGUUUAUGGUGGUGCAUCUGUCUUUCCUUAUGCUCUCUGUAGUGCUUCCUGUUUGCUCUUUCUUUUGGCCUUUUAAGCUACAAACCACAAUUUGUUUGGAAGUGCUUGAAAGUCCCCAAGCAGGCUUUAUUUUUAUCUUGUCAUACAGUGCUCAGGGUUUAACGCAGUGCAUCGAUGCCAUUGCUGUGGGAGAUAUCCUUGAAUGCAUGUAUUGAGUAUAUAUAUAGAAAAUAUAUAUUGAGGUUUUUCUCUUCGAUUUCUAAGUUUAUAAAAGCAUGAAACCCAGAGGUUGCACAUCAUGCAUUCAGGUUCCUUCCCAGUUUCUGUUUGACAGUGCAUGUCUUUGGAAACGGGCAUGGACAGGAUAAACACGCAAGACAGGAGUUCAGAGAGAAACACAAUCUUAGUUGUACAGCAUUGGUUCUUAUUGCAUUUUUAUAGUGUUUAUACCCAGGUGUUGCAUUUUUUUUCUGGUUCUCUCCUGGGGGUUAUAUAUUUGAGUCUACAACAUGUUCUUUUUGUGAUACAGAAAAAACAUCUUAAAUUAAAAUUAGUUCAUUUUUAAUGUAUUAAUGGUAUUCCUAAUGUGUACUGCGAAGAAGGCUGGACGCCUGUUUUUCCUUCAAUUGAAGCAUUUCCUUAAUCCGAGGUGGUUAUGGAAACUUAAGUGCAAAUUCACUUCCAUCUCGCAUACAAUCUUAUAUUUUUUACUUCAUUAAUGUAAUUUAAUUUGUCACUUGUAAGAUGAAACCUUACUUGAGCUGUAAAUUAGAGAAUGGGAAACACUUAAGGGUUCCGCUGUAUGUGCUGUUUCUGUUACCCAGUAACUUGAAUACUGUUUAAUAUGUUGUAAGACAUUGUAGAGUUUAUCUGGAGCUGUUUAAAAAGAAAUUGUAAUGUACAAAUGUGAAUAGUCACUUAUCUAUAAUAUGGGUAAGUUUUGUUUUGCCUAUAAUAGUAGAUGUUUAUAAGAAAGUGAAGGACAAUGUUUGUCAUUUCUUGCUUGCACAGGUUGCACUAUUGAAAAAUUGAGAUUGUAUAAACCUGUCCAAAAAAACUACAAGAUAACGAUCUUGUAGAUGUCAAAUAAAAGUUAUUGUACUAACAAGAA